AUGACGAAGAAAACGGGUUUCCCCCCCUCAGCUGCGGGGACGUGCCCGCUGGAGGGACGGCGCUGCUGGUCGACGGUGCAGUGGGUGUGCGAUGGGGAUGCGGAUUGCGUGGAGGGGUUCCGAUGCUGCGAGGGGUGCGAUGGGGGCAAGGGGUGCGUCGGGGCCGGAAACGAACAAUGUCCGAAACGCAAGGAUAUGCAGUGUCCCCCGUCGUGCUCCAGCGACUCGGACUGCCAGAACGGCCUUCUCUGCUGCCAGAAUUGCCACCGCAAGAUCUGCAUGCCACCCGUGCUGACUUGCAACGACACGAAAUGCGCCAAUGGCGAGACCUGCGCGAUGGUCCACCCCAUCUGCAGAAGUUCUGACAUCCACUGCCACCUCAAGCCCUUCUGCCUCCCUGCGGGUAAGCCAGUCAGUCGCUUCCGGGUCAUCCUCCCGGACGGUCCUCGGGACCCUCAGCGAGGACUUUCGCUUCAUUCAUCCGUUUUUCCUUCAGGCGCGCGUUCGUGCGAAAGCGUGGAAUGCAUCGGGCGGAGGAGGUGCGAGUUGAAGGAGGUGACCUGCAUCGCGUCGCCCUGCUAUCCCAUUCCCAAGGGCAAGAUGCCCAAGGCUCAAGAAUGGCCCUUCCUCAUGGAAUUCCAACUAGCCCCUACUCCGCCGUCGGUCCGAUCCCACUUUCGCCUCACAAUAGACGAAAUUUACUUCAACCUUGAGAGACUGCGGUCUCUCAAGGUCGAGGUUGCUUAA